AUGGGAAAGCCCAAAAACGCUUCCCUGGACACCGUGCUGACAGAGUUCAUUCUCCUGGGUUUAUCUCACCCCCCAGGCCUGAGGACCCUACUCUUCCUGGUCUUCUUCAUCAUUUACACACUGACUCAGCUGGGCAACCUGCUCAUUCUGAUCACAGUAUGGACUGACCCAAAGCUCCACGCUCGCCCCAUGUACAUCCUUCUGGGCAUGCUCUCAUUCCUGGAUAUAUGGCUCUCCUCAGUCAUUGUUCCUCGCAUUAUUCUAAACUUCACUCCUGCCAGCAAAGCAAUCCCGUUUGCUGGUUGUGUGGCUCAACUGUAUUUCUUUCACUUCCUGGGCAGCACCCAGUGCUUCCUCUACACCCUGAUGGCCUACGACAGGUACCUGGCGAUAUGCCGGCCCUUGCACUACCCCAUGCUCAUGAAUGGCAGGCUAUGUACUGUCCUUGUGGCUGGAGUCUGGGUGGCCGGCUCCAUCCAUGGGUCUAUCCAGGCCACCCUGACCUUCCGCCUGCCCUACUGUGGGCCCAACCAGGUGGAUUAUUUUAUCUGUGACUUCCCUGCGGUACUGAGACUGGCCUGCGCUCACACAGCCGCCAAUGAGCUUGUGACCUUUGUGGACAUUGGGGUGGUGGCUGCCAGUUGCUUCAUGUUAAUUCUGCUCUCCUACGCCAACAUCGUCCAUGCCAUCCUGAAGGUGCACACUGCUGAUGGGCGGCGCAGAGCCUUCUCCACCUGUGGCUCCCACAUAACCAUCGUCACAGUCUACUACAUGCCCUGUAUUUUCAUCUACCUCAGGCCAGGCUCCAAAAGUCCCCUGGAUGGGGCGGUGGCAGUGUUUUACACUGUUGUCACUCCACUUCUGAACCCCAUCAUCUAUACACUGAGGAACCAGGAGAUGAAGUCUGCCCUGAAGGGACUCACAGCAGGUCGAGGGGCCACAAGUGCCAAUAAGUAA